GGGCGGUGCCGCCGCUGGCGGGCUGUGCUCGGCCGGGCUCUCCAACAGCGAGCGGCUUUCCUCGUUUCCCGGCGGCGGAUCCCGCUGCUCCCGGUGUCUGACAGCUAGAACUGAGCUUUGGAGACCUGGAGCCAGAGGUGGAAAGAGGCUGAAGCUGGAUCAGCAUUGUUGGUGUGAGAGGUAUAAAACCUACAUGGCCCCUGGUUCCUCAAAUGAGAAGAAAACUGAUGAUGGAGAGGCUUCAAAAGAGAAAUUUAUUCACCUCUGUAACCCUCACCUGGAGAAAAUGAAAGAAGACAUCCUGUACCAUUUUGCUCUUGGGACUGGAACCCAUGAUUUUCCGACAUUGUUUGGGGAUGUAAAGUUUGUGUGUGUUGGAGGAAGUCCUUCCCGAAUGAAAGCUUUUAUCGCCUACAUCGCGGAGGAGCUGGGGCUCGGAAGCCCUGGCUGUGACUACCCCAACAUCUGCGCGGGCACCGACCGCUACGCAAUGUACAAAGUGGGGCCGGUUUUGUCUGUCAGUCAUGGUAUGGGCAUUCCUUCUAUUUCAAUCAUGUUGCACGAGCUGAUCAAACUGUUGUAUCAUGCCAAGUGUUCUGACAUAACCAUCAUUCGCAUUGGCACCUCUGGUGGAAUAGGUCUGGAGCCAGGCUCAGUGGUUAUAACUAGGCAGUCUGUAGAUGCCACCUUCAAACCUCAGUUGGAACAGGUUGUUCURGGAAAGACAGUGAUUCGCAGCACUAACCUGGAUGAACAGCUGGCUAAAGAACUGAUGCAGUGCAGUAAAGAGAUUGGUCGGUUCAAUACAGUCAUUGGAAACACCAUGUGCACUUUGGAUUUCUAUGAAGGACAGGGCAGGUUGGAUGGUGCAAUCUGCUUAUAUAAUGAAGAAGAAAAACUGCAAUAUUUGAAGAAUGCUUAUGAUUCUGGUGUCAGAAACAUUGAGAUGGAGUCUUCUGUAUUUGCUGCAAUGUGUAAUCUCAGCGGUGUCAAAGCUGCUGUAGUGUGUGUCACUCUUCUGAAUCGCCUUGAAGGGGAUCAGAUCAGCAGCUCACAUGAUGUCCUUGUGGAGUACCAGCAGAGGCCGCAGAAGUUAGUGGGAUAUUUCAUUAAGAAAAGUCUUGGGAAAGUAUGAAACAUCCAUCUUCAUUUCAGAGAAGGAGACCGCCUUUGUACAGAUUCUGUCAUGGUUACAACUUCUGUGCAUUACAGGUCUUUUGCCUCAGAAUAACUUAGAGCAUUCCAUGUGUCUGUGGGAGUUAAUCAUUUAUGUCACUGUUCUUUGGGAACUGAAUGUGCUGAAAGGACUUCAGUUAAGUUCUGCUUAGUUAUGCAUUAUUGUGACAUAAAAACUCACUUUUCUAUGAAUUGGAAGGUUGUGAAGGACAAGCCUGUGAUAAUACAUGAAAAAGCUUUAUUUAUCCCUGCUGUUAAAGAAAAACUAGAAAGAAAAUCAAACUUUAUUGCCAAGUACAUGCAUACCAGCAAAUUAACUUAAAAAUACUAAUAAUUUUCUUGUUUUAAAAUAAUUAUAUAAGUUAUAAUUGUCUUUGUUGCUUCACUUGUAAAGAAAACUUAAAGUGAAUGCAUGUUUUUUUUCAGAAUUUGACAAAUAAACAAUAUUAUUUUCAUAUAUUAAAAUUUCAUGAAAUUGCAAAGUGUGGGACUGAAUUUUCUAAGCACUAAGGUCUUGACACKGGGCUGUUGAAUAUCUAUACUUCCUAGAUACUGAUCCAACAAUAUUUAACUAAAGAAUCAAAUCAUUACCCAGGAAAUAUUUAUACAUUACAUAAUUUUGCAUUGAAGUACUAGCAAUCUUGCUGGAGCAAGGCUCCAGCUUUUGAUGAGGAACCAGAGGUAUUCUGGAGAUGCAUAGCAUGUUCACAGGCCUGUGUUAUAGCA